GACACCCGCAAGCCGUAGAGGUGUUCGCGGUCCACCACGCCAGUGCUUCGACUUACAGUUCACCCGACGCCUUGCCCUGUUCCUUUGCUUAAAACAUUUCAUUUUCAGUUCCACAAAGACAACCGGGCAAUGCGACAAACAUGUCCAACCAUCCCGCGUCUUCAUCGCGCGCCGGAUCGCCCUCAUCAGAUCAUGUUCUCUUUGAUCCUUCCCAUCCUCUCAAGGGCGUCGUCGUGUGCUGCACCAGCAUCUCGCCAGAACUAAGGACAGACAUCGCCAACAAGACCGAAGAACUCGGCGGCAAGCACAAACACGACCUCACCCCCGACUGUACCCAUCUCAUCGUCGGCGAACACGAUACGCCCAAGUACCGCCAUGUCGCAAAGGAACGCCCCGACGUCAAGGCCAUGGCCGCCGGCUGGAUCGAAGCCCUCCGGAAGCUCUGGGUCGAAGACGCCGACAUCGACUUCAUCGCCCUCGAGAAGGAAUGGGAGCUGAAACCCUUCGAGACUGGCGGCGGCGAGCCAAACCUGGUAGAUGGCACAAUCUAUCCCCGACGAAAACUCUUGGUCUGCUCGACCGGAUUUAUGGAACCUGAAGAGCGCCAGCACAUCAUCGACAUGGUCGAAAAGGGCGGCGGCAUAUACACGGGCGACUUGACCCGCCGCGUCACCCACCUCGUCGUCUACAAGCCAGAAGGCCGCAAGUACCAGGCUGCUCAGAACUGGGGCAUCAAAAAUGUUUCGGUCGAGUGGAUCAACGAUUGCGUCGAGCGUGGCCUGAUUCUAGACGAGAAAUACUACGAUCCCCUUCUGCCACAGGACGAACGAGGACUUGGUGCUUGGAACAGACAAAGCGGCCGCGUUCCCUCCCUGGGCAAAAGACUGAGAGAAAGCGCCGCCGAGGGGCAAGAAGCCGGGAGGAGAAAGCUGAGAAAGACUGCUAGUAUCAAGCUCAACAGCCAGAGGGAUAGUCUGUGGGGAAGCAUCCUGGGUGUACCCCCGGCAGCCACUUCUUCGCCUGCUGCUGCUGCUGCUCCGGCUCCCCUUACCGGAGCUUCCCAACCACAGCCGCCUGCCUCAGCACCCGCCCAGCGCGAUCCGAGCCAACAGCCUUCGGGCCCAGAAGCACAAUCGGUGGACACCCAGGGCUCGAGGCUUUCGUCGUUCGGCAUACCACAUGACGAGUUCAUAUUCGCCUACUGCUGCUUCUACAUUGCCGGUUUCGCCCCCAAAGAGACCGAAAUCCUCAUAAACACCGUCGCUUCUCUCGGCGGCGUCGUCUGUCAAACCCUUGACGAGUGCGCGUCUGCCUCUGGCGCCCAAAUGGCUCACCGCUUCCUCGUCGUACCACAGAACUCUCAACCAGACAGCCACCCCCGCCUUCCACCCAACGUCUACAUUAUUACCGAGUUUUACAUCGAACGGUGUUUACACAAGAAAUACUUCUUCGACCCCCACGAGCAUGCCCUCGGUCAGCCGUUUCGCGCGUUUCCCAUUCCAGACUUCGAUACACUUUCUAUCUCGACAGCAGGGUUUACGGGCGUCGAUCUCAACCAUGUGGAUAAAGCUAUUAGGCAAUUAGGUGCCAGGUACGAAGAGAGGUUCACGGCUGAUGUGUCUGUUCUCGUAGCACCGUCGGUUUCAGUUAUAAGGAAACAGAAACUCGACAUGGCGCUCCGGUGGAAGGUACCGAUCGUUACGGCAGAAUGGUUGUGGACGUGCAUCAAUUCGGGGUUCAAGUGCCCUAUUGAGGACUUUCUCUUCCCCGAACUCAACCAGAAGAUCCGUUCCGAGGAACCACCGGCGUCAAAGGGCAGCCAGCUGCCUAGGCAGGAUAAGCCUACGGAGAAGCAAACAAAGCAAUCCAAGCUAAAGAGCGUCGAUGAGGAUCUAAUCCCAAAACCAGCUGCCGCCGCCGCCGCCGCAAGCAAAUCACGCAGUCGCGUGGACGCCUCCGACUUUACCUCUGCUAUCCGAGAGAAGAUGAGAUCUUCAGCUUCAGAUUUGAAGAACACGAAAGCAACGCCAGCGCUGGCACCGGCAUUAGACGAGUCCCACGAUAGCUACGAGACAGCACCAAGUCAGCGGCAAGCAAGCACGGCGAAUACCACACCUGGAAAGAAGAAGUCGGCAGCAUCAGCUGGCGCACCGCUAACAGAUAUUUCCAACCUCUCCCAGCCCGCCUCCUCUUCAAAUCAAAAACAAAAGGAGCAGCCACCACGCAAACCACUACACAAGAUACGAAGCGAGAUAGCAGAUUCUGACGCGGAGUCUGCAGCGGACGGCGACGAUCUUCCCCUCCCUGGCGAAGACGACAUGCCAGUCGUUGCCGAGGGAGAGUCCGGCAAACGACAACAGUCUAAAUCGCCGACCAAGCUUAGAGCCUUGGAGGAAGAGCCGGUGAUAGAAGACCCAGGCGAAACCGGCGAAGAACUCCGCCGCCGCUUGCUCAAAGAAGCAGAAGAGAAGAAAAGGGCCGAGAAGGUAAAGGUGACGGAUCGAUUGGUUGACUUGUUGUUGGAUGCCGGUGGUGACGGCGAGGCCAGCAUGGAAACUGCCGCAGCAACAUCAUUCGCCAGCGCCCUCUCAUACACACAUGGGGCCAGAGGCACUUCCGUCACGGCUAUAGAGACAAUAGAGGCCAGGGCCAUGACCGCGGUAACAAGAGCACCAAGCGAAGCCGCCUCCGUGCGCUCCGAUGACGGAUCCGUUACCGGCAAACCCCGUCGACGGAAGCGAGAGAUCCUAGGGAGAGCAAUGAGCAACGUAUCAGCGGCAAGCGAGGACGGUCAGGCAGCCGAUUCCCCCCCUCCUCGUGGAGCCGAGCUAGUAGGGCACCAAGCUAGAUCCCUUCGAACUUCGACUUCCGAUCGCCAUGCCCAACAGUCACAGCAGAAAGAGACCACUCCCCCAGCAGCCGCGCGUGCCACCACCACCACCACCACCGCUUCAACAAAGCGCAGAACCCGCUCCAAGAAAGACGACAAGGACGGACCACCCCCCACACAAGUAGACUACCAAGACAUCGACUCCCGGAAGGCCAGGCAGAAGCUCCUCUCCAAGCUCAGCGACGAUAAAGCCACCGAUCUCGCCGCCGUCUCUAAGCGAGCGACGGAGGAACAGACGACAGUGUCGAUUGGAGACUUGGAUGCGUUUGUUACGGAGAAUGAAGAUCACGGCAUGGGAAGCCCAACGGGGCUGGGGAGGACGAUGAGGAAUGCUGCGCAUGGGGAGAAGGGGUAUGGAGGGAGGAAGAGGACUACGAGGAGGUCGAAGGGGGCAUAAACCCUCGAUCGAGGUGAUAAUGGACCGGGAAAGUCGUGAGCAACAGUACUACUAACAUAUAGCGAAGCAUUCUAGUUUCAGUUUAGCUACCUACCUUAGGUUUUGUUUGAUAUCUCUACCUACUACCUAGGUAGAGGUAACCUUGGAAAUAUUCAUAUUUGAUG